CAUCCCUAACCACCCCCAAACACAACAAUCUCGCCUUCUUCCUACAAAUUUCUCAGGAUCUUUCGAAAUUACUUAAUCCCACUAGGGUCUUUACAGAAUUACCAGAAGAUUCAUUCAUCACUAAGAGAGGUGGUUAAUUGGGGCGAAUAGUAUCAGAUUCUUAGAUUCUUUGAUUUGUGAUUGAAAGAGUUUUUUCCUGAUUUAUAAUUUUCUGGGGGUUCGUUUUUUUUUUUUCCAAUUGAUUUGGGUUGGGGGAAUGAUUAAAAGAGAUGGGUCGAGAAGGGCAUAUAGUUCCAUUGGAUACACAUGCUGUAACGAAGAAAACAGCAGCAGCAAGAAGUUGGAUUAUGUUAGAUUGUACCGGUGAAGGUACUGUUUUAGAUGUUGAUAAAUAUGCUAUUAUGCAUAGAGUUCAGAUUCAUGCAAGAGAUUUAAGGAUUCUUGAUCCGUUAUUGUCUUAUCCUUCUACAAUUUUAGGGAGAGAAAGAGCCAUUGUUGUUAAUUUGGAGCACAUUAAAGCUAUUAUCACUGCAGAAGAGGUAUUACUUCGGGAUCCAACUGAUGAUAAUGUUAUUCCCAUUGUUGAGGAGCUUAAAAGGAGGUUGCCUCCUGCAAAUGCAUUUCGUCAAGGUCCAGGAGAUGGGAACGAACAAUUUAAUGGGCAAAAUGAUGUUGAAGCGGGCGAAGAAGAUGAGUCUCCCUUUGAGUUCCGCGCCUUAGAAGUGGCACUGGAAGCUAUUUGCAGUUUUCUUGAUGCCCGUACAACAGAAUUGGAGACUGCUGCUUAUCCAGCAUUAGAUGAGCUGACAUCCAAGAUUAGUAGUCGCAACUUGGAUCGUGUUCGUAAACUGAAGAGUGCAAUGACGAGAUUGACUGCACGCGUGCAAAAGGUGAGAGAUGAGCUUGAACAACUUUUGGAUGACGACGACGACAUGGCCGAUCUUUACUUAUCGAGGAAAAUGGCUUCAUCAUCACCCAUCAGUGGAUCUGGAGCACCCAAUUGGCUCCCUGCUUCUCCUACAAUAGCUUCCAAGAUAUCUAGAGCAAGUAGGGCUAGUGCAGCAACAUUUCGUGGAGAUGAGAACGAUGUUGAAGAGCUUGAAAUGUUGCUAGAGGCAUACUUCAUGCAAGUUGACGGCACGUUGAACAAAUUGACCACAUUACGUGAAUAUAUUGAUGACACUGAGGAUUAUAUUAAUAUUCAGCUUGACAAUCACAGAAAUCAGUUGAUUCAGUUGGAGCUCUUCCUAAGUUCUGGUACUGUUUGCCUCUCAAUAUAUUCCUUGGUGGCUGGGAUAUUUGGAAUGAAUAUCCCAUAUACAUGGAAUGAUGGCCAUGGCUUCAUGUUUAAAUGGGUGGUCAUUCUGUCGGGAGUUGUAUGUGCUUCCCUUUUUGUACUGAUCAUCUCGUAUGCGCGCCACAAGGGUCUUGUUGGGUCAUAGUUUAGAAAACCUUUCUUAUAGUACUGCCAUCUUAUGCUCUCAACCUCUAGAGAAUAUAAUUAGGUUGAUCAGAGUCUACAUUGAGAUUGAAGCAAAUGAGUCUUUCACUUGAAGACUCCUACUGUAGCAGUUCAUGGAAGGCGUUUGACGAUAUAAUUCAAUUCCAAUCUUUAGCAUUAAUCAGCAACUGCAUUUACUAUCUUUUAAUCUUUGUUAUAAAUUCUUCCUCCCUUUUUCGAUUUACCUCCUACUAACAGUAGGAUGCACGAUUAAAGAGCUAGUAUCAUUUGUAAGUAAUAGCUACUUCAGAGAAGAACGAAAGGGAAAAUAGAAUACUGUAUAUUGUUCAAUAACAUAAGAUGAUCUUGAAAGUGUCAAGCAGCAUAGGCUGCAACAACUUAUUUUGGUGCUCCUGGUUGGUGUAAUUUAUGUUAUAGCUCUUUA